UUGUUUUGGCGUGUGUCUAUGCAGAGCUGGACUUCUGGAUUCAGCUUGUGUGUUCUGCUGGGUCAGGCGGCAGGCUCCAGGGCAGGGCCUCAGUGGCCCUCCUGAUGGCCCUUAUCUACAGAGGAUGAACACAGAUGGGCAAAGCACAUGCAGGGAUCUGACUCAAGAUGUGCUCCUUUAUAAGGAUGGGAAGUUAACUGUGAAACAGCAGGUGACCUCACUGGACAGCAAAUCAUCCAUUCUGCUCUUUCAGUAUCAGCUAAGUGAUCAACUGUCAUGGAAUAUGCAGACGGUGCUCUCUGGCCGUAGCCUCUUUGUUGGUUUACCAAAUGGAGAACUCCUCCAAGGCACCAAAGAAGAGCUCACUGCUGUUUUGGAGUUUGCCGAGGAGAAACUGAAGAUGAAUCAUGUAUCUGUGUGGUUCGUGAAGAAGAGGCCAGAUAAAUAGUGCUCCUCACCAGAACAUUCUGUUACCUUGACUUUGAGCUCGUAAAACAAAAUCAUCUAAUAGCAUCCAUUGGAGAAGAUUUGCGUCUUAUGGUCUACACAACAAACUCACACAUUAGAAGAAUGACUACAAGGCCUUCAAAAUACAAAGAGGUCUAAAGACUGUUGCUAGGUCCACUAAAUGCAAAAUCAGUAAACAGUAGUUAUUGUUCAAAUUGUAGAGGGGCAUUCAGGGUACAGACAACUGAGUAACUGGAAGAAAAACAGUGAUGUUAACCUUACUGAUGAUAAUUAAAAGAAACACACCUCUAUAUAUACUCACCUAAAGGAUUAUUAGGAACACCAUACUAAUACUGUGUUUGACCCCCUUUCGCCUUCAGAACUGCCUUAAUUCUACGUGGCAAGGUGCUGAAAGCAUUCUUUAGAAAUGUUGGCCCAUAUUGAUAGGAUAGCAUCUUGCAGUUGAUGGAGAUUUGUGGGAUGCACAUCCAGGGCACGAAGCUCCUGUUCCACCACAUACCAAAGAUUGGGUUGAGAUCUGGUGACUCUGGGGCCAUUUUAGUAAAGUGAACACAUUAUCAUGUUCAAGAAUACAAUUUGAAAUGAUUCAAGCUUUGUGACAUGGUGCAUUAUCCUGCUGGAAGUAGCCAUCAGAGGAUGGGUACAUGGUGGUCAUAAAGGAAUGGACAUGGUCAGAAACAAUGCUCAGGUAGCCCGUGGCAUUUAAACGAUGCCCAACUGGCACUAAAGUGUGCCAAGAAAACAUCCCCCACACCAUUACAUCACCACCACCAGCAGCCUGCACAGUGGUAACAAGGCAUGAUGGAUUCAUGUUCUCGUUCUGUUUACGCCAAAUUCUGACUCUACCAUCUGAAUGUCUCAACAGAAAUCGAGACUCAUCAGACCUGGCAACAUUUUUCCAGUCUUCAGCUGUCCAAUUUUGGUGAGCUUGUGCAAAUUGUAGCCCCUUUUUCCUAUUUGUAGUGGAGAUGAGUGGUACCCGGUGGGUUUUCUGCUGUUUUAGCCCAUCAGCUUCAAGGUUGUGCGUGUUUUAGUUUCACAGAUGCUUUGCUGCAUACCUCGGUUGUAACGAGUGGUUAUUUCAGUCAAAGUUGCUCUUCUAUCAGCUAGAAGGGGAAGUCGUGGCCUAAUGGUUAGAGAGUCGGACUCCCAAUCGAAAGGUUGCGAGUUCGAGUCUCGGGCCGGCAGGAAUUGUGGGUGGGGGGAGGGCAUGUACAGUGCUCUUUCCACCUUCAAUACCACGACUUAGGAGCCCUUGAGCAAGGCAUCGAACCCCCAACUGCUCCCCGAGUGCCACAGCAUAAAUGGCUGCCCACUGCUCUGGGUGUGUGUUCACAGUGUGUGUGUGUGUUCACUGCUCUGUGUGUGUGCACUUCGGAUACUUGGCUGAAUGUCACGUCACUUUCACUUUCUUUUGAAUCAGUCAGCCCAUUCUCCUCUGACCUCUAGCAUCAACAAGGCAUUUUCGCCCACAGGACUACCGGAUACUGGAUGUUUUCCCUUUUCACACCAUUCUUUGUAAACCCUAGAAAUGGUUGUGCGUGAAAAUCACACUAACUGAGCAGAUUGUGAAAUACUCAGUAUAUAUAUAUAUAUAUAUAUAUAUA